UUGCCGCACAAUGUGGAGUAUAUAAUGUAAUGUAAUCGUAAUUUUAAAUUGCUUGAUUUGGAUUUUGGACUUUGGAUGGACUAUAGGGAAACUUCACUAUAGAGUUCAUAUUUCCGAUCGUUUUAUUGGAUAUUACAUUUCAAAUUCACACAAACAUGGUUAUUCGAUUAGUUCUUGGAUUUCUGAUACCAUUGCUUAUUGGUAAAGCAGUAUUAUGUAGUGAUGAUAGAAAGGACCUUUAUUGUGGAGUUUGUAGAAUAAUUGCAGAAGAAAUAGACUGGGAUGUUUCACAAGUUGACCCAAGAAAAACAUUAGAGGUUGAGAGUUUUCGCAUUGAUUCUCAAGGAAAUCAAAGAAGUAAAACAAUUCCAUAUGCUCGCUCUGAAACACAUUUAGUUGAAAUUAUGGAAAAUGUAUGCGAGAGAAUGCAAAAUUAUGCUGAAUCAACAGACAAAGAAACAGGAAGAAAAAGCUAUAUAAGAACAUCAUCAAGAAAUGGUGAAGCAGUAAAAUUAGAGAACAUUUCAAUGAGUGGAGAUAUUGCAAAGACCUUGAAGUUUGCAUGUGAAAGUAUCAUUGAAGAUUAUGAAGACACUAUCGUACACGUAUUUAAAAAUAAGCAUGAAAAGAUAGUCCAAGAACUAUGUCGUCGGCAAACAAAUCUUUGUGGCGAUAAUGGCAAUCAUGCAGAAUUAUGAUAUUUUGUAAGCUAUGUAAAGAUGCAUCGAUACAACUUUUAAGUAUUACGUGAGAUUAAUAAAAUAAAAUUAAAUUAUGUUGUUGAAA